CAGGGCUGUGGCUGGUGGUGCUGCAGGGCUUCUCCCCCACCUCCCCUGGAGGUCUCUGGUUAUGCAGUGAAGACCUGCAGCUCAGACACACCUUUUUUUCCUGGCUGUGAGAGGUCAUAACUGAGUAGCCCUUAUGACCAACAUGAGCUGGAGCUUUCUCACCCGCCUGCUAGAGGAGAUUCACAACCACUCCACCUUCGUGGGGAAGGUCUGGCUGACCGUGCUGAUCGUCUUCCGCAUCGUGCUGACGGCGGUGGGGGGGGAGUCCAUCUACUCGGACGAGCAGAGCAAGUUCACCUGCAACACCAAGCAGCCCGGCUGCGACAACGUCUGCUACGACGCCUUCGCCCCCCUCUCGCACGUCCGCUUCUGGGUCUUCCAGAUCAUCAUGAUCUCCACCCCCUCCGUCAUGUACCUGGGCUACGCCAUCCACCGCAUCGCCCGCUCGGCCGAGGAGGAGAAGAAGCUGAAGGGCUUCAAGAAGAAGAAGCAGUUCGCCCUCAACUGGCAGGCGGUGCGCGGCGGGGAGGACCCGGCGGAGGCCGACGAGGAGGACCCCAUGAUCUCCGACGACGCGGCGGAGCAGGAGAAAGCCAAGGCCAAGAGCAAGGAGCCCCAGAAGCACGACGGGAGGAGGCGCAUCCAGCAGGAAGGGCUGAUGAAGAUCUACGUCUUCCAGCUGCUCACCAGAGCCUCCUUCGAGGUUUGCUUUUUGAUAGGGCAGUACUUGCUCUACGGUUUCGAGGUCGAAGCCUACUACGUCUGCAACAGGGUCCCCUGCCCUCACACCGUGGACUGCUUCGUGUCCCGGCCGACGGAGAAGACCAUCUUCCUGCUGGUGAUGUACGUGGUGAGCUGCCUGUGCUUGCUGCUGAACAUGUGCGAGAUGUUCCACCUGGGCUUCGGGACCAUCCGAGACGCCAUCCGCAACCGGAAGAUCAACAGCUUCAGGCAGCCCCCUUACAACUACGCCUACCCGAAGAACAUCUCCUGCCCCCCCGAGUACAACCUGGUAGUGAAGUCGGAGAAGUCCACCAAGAUCCCCAACAGCCUGAUGGCUCACGAGCAGAACUUGGCCAACGUGGCUCAGGAGCAGCAGUGCACCAGCCCGGACGAGAACCUCCCGGCGGACUUGUCCACCCUCCACAAACACUUGCGAGUGGCCCAGGAGCAGCUGGACAUAGCCUUCCAGAGCUACAGCAGCACCCAGGGCAACACCCAGCCGUCCCGAACCAGCAGCCCCGCCUCGGGCGGCACGGUGGUGGAGCAGAACAGGGCCAACACCGCCCAGGAGAAACAAGGUGCUAAACCCAAGGCCUGCCUGGAGAAAGGGAGCUCGAGCAGUAAAGAUGGAAAGACCUCUGUAUGGAUAUAGCUUCAUCUUACCAGGAGCCAGGGCAGCCUCA